AGCCGUCGCCCGAGCUGCGCACGCGCGUCUAGCCCGGAAGAAGGAUAAGCGCCCGGAAAAAACGUGGGGCGCACGCGCCGGAAGGAACGGCCUGGCUAGGCUGACUUUGAGCUUAGGUCGAGGAGGGCAGGAAAGGAUGCUCACCAAAUACAUCGGCCCUCGCUACGUACAGAUGUUUCGCAGCUGGGUACACCUACAAUGUGCAUUAAGGUGCCCAGUGGGUACUGUUGGGCUAGUUUGGGCCACAGAUUGGAGGCUGAUUCUAGACUAUGUUCCCUAUAUCAAUGGCAAGUUUAAAAAGGAUGACUGAGCUGCAGCUGCCCUUAUGAGAGGCUGAGCUGUUUAGUCUGUGAAACUUUGAAAUCCACCGAACACUGACCGCCAAGAAAAGACACCGUACCUUUGUUUUCUCCUUGUCGACAGACAGAUGCAAUGGGAUGUUCUGUGAACAAAUAAAACAUAAUUUAACUUGA